AUGCAACAACAGGAGGAGAUAGUGGUACGACUUAAACCACAAAAACCUACAUUUACCGAUGAUGCCGAUGACUUGAGGAGUGAAACUAAAAACAAAAAUGCGGGGGAGUGUGUGGAACGUUUUCAACCUGGCGAUAACAUAGAUGACUUAAACGGAAAAGAAAGUGAAGAAGUUGUGAUGCAGAAUAAUGGGGUAGAUACAAAUACAUGGGGGAUCCUAUCAGCUUCACAAAAAAAUACAAAUACAACUAACAGCAAAGGGAACAGUCACAGUCAUAAACCACGUCCGCCACCUAUUUCAAGUGUGGAUAUAGAUAAUCUAAUGCUAAAAGAAAUAAAUGAGCUUGUAAGUCUAUCCGAUUUGGAGCCUAUUGCAUCUAUGGCUAUUUUUCAAAGACUUGUCGAUGAUCUCAUGGAAUUAUAUAGAAUAAUUGAAGAGAAUCCAAAAAAAAGCAUUGAUUUAAGAUCGCUAAUUUUUAAGGGAAUGGGUGAUAUACUUGUUGAUCGUCAGGAAAUGAAAAAAGAAGUCAAAAAAUUUAAAGCAAACGGACCUUCAGAACCUCUUGACAAUAUAGAGCUGAAAAAUCCAUUUCCUGUUAUGCUCAAGGAAGAUAUGAUGAAAAUGGCAGAUGCCCACAAACAACAGCAUCAUAACUUCGUACAGAAAUUGAAGAGCAGGUCAAAUGAACGGCUCGAAAUUCCACUCAAGCAAAACUCGAAAAUCGACUCGAACUUUGAUGAAUUAGCCAAUAUGAGUCUUGAUUCCGAUGAUUUCAAGAAGGUGUCGGGAUGCUAUCAUAUAAAUAUUGACGCCAAAUUACAUGAAGAACUUUGUUCGAAGUUUUAUCUCAAGAAAUCUCCUCCUAUGAGCGUUACGAAAUAUUUAGAACGUGUCAACAGGCUUCUUUGUCCUUCUACGGCUUCUUUACUUACUGCAGCAUAUUUUCUAUUCAACACAGUGUUUAAUCUUAAACCUAGUAAUAUGACUUGUGUUGUCCCAUUAGAGGCCCCUCCAGAAGACGAGGGAGAAAUUCAGAUGAGUCCGGUUAAUAGCCGAAAUAUAUUUCGUCUCAUCUUAGGCUGUUUGAGACUGUCAUUAAAGCUCAUUGAGGAUAAAAAUUACAAACAGCGGUAUUAUUGUAAGGUUGUUGGAAUGCAAAAUAUGCCUGAAAUGCUAAGGUUGGAACUUGCGGAAAUGUUUAUGCUGGAUUCCCAUUUGUUUAUUAAUCAGUACGUCUUAACGAGAUUUAUAUUCCAGUUUAAAGUGUUUGAUCACAAUGUUCGCUUGUUGUUUGCAUCGAUGAAAUAA